AAUGACGCACGUGUUGCUCUUUUUCCUGACCGCCGGUAUGGUUCUCUCGUGUGCUCCGCCGGGAUUCGUACAGUCGAAUGACCCGUCGCAAGUCGGAGCCCGGUGCUCCGACCUCAUACUCUAUCCCGUUUCGGCCGUUGAUCAAACCGAUCAAUACAGAUUCGACUAUAGUGAUGUUUCAUUCGGCAACACUCAUGCUCAGGGAGCAACUGUGGCGAUAACGUGUACGACGGGCGGCCAAGCGGCCACAGUUGAAGGAUACGACCAGCAAAGAGCUUCAAUCUCAGCGGCUCCGUCUCUGCUCGCCACUUGCACAAACGUUGGCGGCUCCCAGUACACGUGGACGAUCCUUGGCAGAAUUUUGCAGUUCGUCGAUUGCAGAUUUUAAUUUCUAAUUUCCCCCAAUUUUUUUUUUGAAUAUUCUCCUCCCUAGAGAUACUCGCCCAUUGCAAUAUUUUCGUCUUUCCAUAACCUGCCACGUGUAUAUUUUCGCAAUUUAUGAACUCUUUCUGUUAAAUUAACUCUAAUAAAUCGCUUGACGUUCC